AUGGCUGUCAACGGUACCGACGUCAACAAGGUGACCGUUGUCCUAGGGGCCCAAUGGGGCGAUGAGGGCAAGGGCAAGGUGGUCGAUAUGUUGGCCACCGACGCGGACCUCGUGUGCAGGUGUCAGGGAGGAAACAAUGCAGGCCACACUGUUGUUGUGGAUAAUAAGGAAUUUGAUUUUCACUUGUUGCCUAGUGGAAUUAUAAAUCCUAAUUGCAAAUCUGUUAUUGGUAAUGGAGUUGUUAUCCAUCUACCUGGGUUAUUUGAAGAGUGCAGUAAAAAUGAAAAGAAAGGGCUGUUGGACUGGAAGAAACGAUUGUUAAUUUCUGAUCGUGCUCAUCUUGUGUUUGAUUUCCAUCAGCAAGUGGAUGGUCUCCAAGAAAUGGAAAAGGGUAAAAAGUCUUUGGGAACAACGAAAAAAGGUAUUGGGCCAACUUAUGCUUCUAAGGCUACUAGAAAUGGUCUAAGAUUAGCAGAUUUACUUGGAGAUUUCAACACGUUCAAAGAAAAGUUUUACAACUUGGUUGAUAUACAUAAACGUAUGUUUCCAUUACUAGAAGUUGAUCCAGAAGAAGAAUUAAAGAAAUAUGAAUACUAUGCUAAUGAAUUAAGACCAUUAGUAGUGGAAACUGUUGGAUAUUUGCAUACCGCAUUAAAAGAAGGAAAACGAAUUUUGGUGGAAGGUGCUAAUGCGGCAAUGUUAGAUAUUGAUUUUGGUACAUAUCCAUAUGUAACAUCGUCAAAUUGUAGUAUUGGUGGUGUUUGUACUGGUCUUGGUUUACCUCCAUCAAGAAUUGGUGAUGUUAUUGGAGUUGUCAAAGCAUAUACUACAAGAGUUGGUGAUGGGCCAUUUCCAACAGAGUUAUUUGAUGAUGUUGGUGAAAAGUUACAAACCAUUGGAAAUGAAAUUGGUGUUACCACUAAGCGGAAGCGUCGUUGUGGGUGGUUGGAUAUCCCGCUCCUAAAAUAUACUUCAAUGGUCAAUGGAUAUACUAAAAUUUGUUUGACAAAACUUGACAUACUAGAUACUUUUGAUGAAGUAAAAAUUGGAGUGGAAUAUCAGUUAAACGGAAAAGCGCUCAACUAUUAUCCAUCCAGUUUAUUUGAACUUUCAUCCGUUGAGGUUAAAUAUUUAACUUUGCCUGGUUGGAAAACUAAUAUCAGUGGCAUAAGACAUUUUGAUAACUUACCGGAGAAUGCAAAACAAUUUGUGUUUACUAUCACAGAACUCCUCGAAGUACCAGUUAAAUGGGUUGGAGUCGGCCAAGGAAGAGAAUCAAUGAUUAAUGUUGAUAAUUGA